AUGUCAAGUAGCCAACGAGCAGAAAGUGGACAUGCAUUCUUCAAGAAAUUUGUUUCGAAGAAUAAUUCAUUGGUGGAUUUUAUGAUACAGUUUGGCAGGGGACUAGUGCGCCAACGUCACGAGGAGUUGAUGGCCGAUCACAAAGACUUGAUUGAGAAACCUAAACUUAGAAUAAAUCAUGACUUUUUGGAGCAAAUGGUUGAUAUUUACACUAAUGAGAUGUAUUACAAGUUUGAGGUUGAAGUGUGUGACAGCUUUAACUACAAGUUGCAGUUUGUUAGGGAAACCGACAAUCGCCGUGUGUAUCAAAUUCAAAGAAAGAAGCUCGCAACAAGCAAAGUCCGCGAAAUCGUUUAUGACAAGGACUUGGAUUUGGUUUCUUAUAGUUGUAAAAAGUUCGAAAGAGCCGGAAUCCCGUGUACGCACAUUAUCUCAUAUUUGAUAAAAUUUGAUGCUGAAAUAUUGCCUGACAAAUACAUCUUAAAGACGUGGACUAAGUCUGCAAAAUCAGGGACAGUGGAUGAUGAUAAAGGCAUUCAGAUAGAGUCAAUUUAUCCAAUCAUCUUUGGAAUUAGUUGA